CGAGAAAUGGUUGGAAUCCGGUUUGCGCGUGCGAUCUACGUAUCUCCAGUUUAGACUAUUUUCUGAUCAAGUGUAGUGACCAUGUCAGUGUUCAGAAUGUGUCGACAAUCCGUCUACGAUACGUAUCUGUCAUGAAUGCUGAUGUUUCGUAUUCGAGAGAUUUUCGUUUAUUAGUGUGCUCGUGACAGUACGUGAUCUGGAUGGUUAGUAGUUUUUUCAACUUAUCGUUACAUUUCCAUCCCAUUGUCGGUUCCGAGAAACCUCGUAUUUUCUCUAUUUGGGCGUGCUUUUAGGAUCAUUAGCUGCAGGUGAUCUACAAUUCUUGGUAUUUGAUAACGAUUUUUUAUACGAGAUAAAAAUUUUAUACCAUUUGCUAUCCGUUUACUGCAACUUCACAAGCCUAUAAAACGUAUAAUAUCGGCCGAUCGACAUGACCAUCAAAAAGAUAUGCGGUAUCGGUGCUGGAUACGUAGGUGGACCAACGUGCAGCGUGAUAGCUCUGAAAUGCCCAGAGAUUCAAGUGACUGUGGUGGACAAGAGCAAAGAAAGAAUUGCACAAUGGAACUCGGAGAAGCUACCGAUCUAUGAGCCAGGUCUUGACGACGUUGUUCGCAAAUGUCGCGGCAAGAAUUUAUUCUUUUCUACGGACAUGGAGACCGCGAUCCAGGAGGCUGAUUUAAUUUUCAUCUCGGUGAAUACGCCGACGAAAACGUUUGGCAAUGGGAAAGGGAGAGCAGCCGAUCUGAAGUAUGUCGAGAAUGCGGCUAGAAUGAUCGCGGAAAUUGCGACCGGGGACAAAAUCGUUGUUGAGAAGAGCACGGUCCCAGUCAGAGCGGCGGAGAGUAUCAUGAAUAUUUUACAUGCCAAUCAUAAGCCAGGAGUAUCGUAUCAGAUUUUAUCAAAUCCAGAAUUCUUGGCGGAGGGGACCGCGAUCGAGGAUCUAGUGAACGCAGAUCGUGUUUUAAUCGGUGGCGAGGAUUCACCAGAAGGGCAGGCAGCCAUCGAGGAAUUAUGCAAGGUUUACGAGCACUGGAUUCCAAGGAAGAAUAUUUUAACCACGAAUACUUGGAGCUCGGAGUUAUCCAAGCUGGCUGCCAAUGCCUUUUUGGCGCAACGCAUAUCAAGCAUAAAUUCCUUGUCGGCAGUAUGUGAAGCGACUGGUGCGGAUGUAUCCGAAGUGGCACGAGCGGUUGGCCUUGACUCACGAAUAGGAUCGAAGUUCCUUCAUGCGUCGGUCGGGUUCGGCGGUUCGUGCUUUCAAAAGGAUAUUCUUAAUCUGGUGUACAUCUGCGAGUGUUUAAAUUUACCCGAGGUGGCGGCUUAUUGGCAACAGGUCAUAGACAUGAACGAAUACCAGAAAUCUAGGUUCUCAGCGAAAGUAAUAGAAUCUCUGUUCAAUACUGUCACGGAUAAAAGGAUUUCUAUGCUGGGUUUCGCCUUCAAGAAAAAUACCGGUGACACACGUGAAUCACCGGCCAUUCAUGUUGCCAAAACUCUGCUCGACGAGGGUGCUAUGCUCCAUAUAUACGAUCCCAAGGUUGAAGAGAGUCAAAUAAUCGAGGAUUUGACGCAUCCGAGUGUAACUAAUGAUCCGCAAUACGUAAAAAAUAGAAUCAGUAUUUAUAAAGAUGCUUAUAGUGUUACGAAAGGUACACACGCUAUAGUAUUGUGCACGGAAUGGGAUGAAUUUGUAGAAUUGGAUUACAAACGAAUUUAUAUCAACAUGAUGAAACCUGCAUAUAUUUUUGAUGGGAGGAAGAUUCUGGAUCAUGAUAGAUUACAAAAAAUAGGUUUCAUCGUACAGACUAUUGGCAAAAGGAUUACAAGAUCCGUACUUUCAAGAGCAUGGGGAAGUCAAACUCAAAUAUGAAUAAAUUUACGCAGAUUGUCGUAUGAUAUCAUUGAACUUCAUAAAUAUUUUAAUUAUCAUACGAAUGCUUUUAAAAUCUUGUAAAUGAUUAAAGUUCUAAAAUUUGCUAGAUUUUAUAUUAUCCACUUUAUGAUUUUGAUGCAAAAGGUGUUUGCUUUUGCUUGAAGCAUUUUCCUCUUUUACAAACUCUGUGAGAUAGCGAGUUAUCUUUUAACUUUUCCAAAUUCACGUAAUGUGUAGAAUUACAAGAUUUUGAAAGAUCGAGAUAAAUGUUCAAAGCCAUUUACGCCUUUUUGAGAGCACAAUGUGUACCUAAUACACGUUGCUUGUCUUAACCUUUUAUAAUAACGGACAAUGUCAGUUGGAUCAAACGCUUAUAUAUAUUUUUUACAUAAUUUGAUGUGUAGAUAUCGGCAAUUAUAAUUAUGACGAUAAGUCCCGAAGUAUUAUUUCUGUCACUGUUACAAGUAUUAUGAUUUUAUCGAUUAUGGGCAUUUAUGCGAUUUACAGCGAAAGAUCCUAUCUAAAAAAACAAAAGAGAAAUAUUCCUUUACCUUUUGUGCAAUAUAUAUUACGUAUACACAGUAUACUUAUGUAUUGCAAGUCUUUGAUACUAAUACAUUGUGACUGCGAUUCUUUAUUAAUUACUCUGUCGCAUUGUAUGAUACAGUACAAUGCCAAUAUUUUACUUUUAAAAGAAUGUAUUAGUAAUUAUGUGGAAUAUUAUAGUUUUCAUACUUCCAUAUUCCUUUAUUGCAUUUUUUGGAAAACUGUUCCCUUAGUUUUCCGUUCAAUUACAAAUAUUACGUUGUUAUUAGAUAGUAUUUUUACAAGAACAAAUAAUUCGUUCUUAAUGGUAUUACCAUUGUUAAAAUUGUUAUAAAAAUCGUUCUCUGUUUUAUCGCGAGACAUGUAGUUUUAAAAUCUUACAUUUUUUCGUGGUAAUGACAUUAAGAAGGAAUGAAACGAAAUAAGCAAUAAUAUCAACAAUUAUGUGUGGUAUAUUGUAUUAUAUUGUGCAUCAAACUCGUUUGGUAUAUUUGUUUCUGGUUAUAUUGUUUUGUAUAUUAUAUCAUUUAUAAAAAAACAAGAUCUUGGAUGGUUAACGAGUUAUUAAUAUUCAUGAUAAUUUUACAAAAACUAUUUAUUUAUUGUACCCAAUUACUGGUAUAAAUGUAUAAUUUACUAUUGAUUUAUUCCAAGCAACAUAAUAUCUUUACGUUUUUGUGGUUAUAUACACGAGAUUUAUAAAUAAAUGUUAAUGAAAAUUUUUUA